AUGGCUGCCCUCAUGCGGCAGAUCGACUUGGAAGGGUUGCCAGAGUCUUUCUCGUGCUCCACCAUCGCGAGGGAGAAGACUGCCGCCGCCCAGUUAGCCACUAGCUUCGGUCAGCUGGUCCAGUGCAGUAGGAUCCGCUCGAAGGCGGGCACAUACAUGGACGUGUGGAUGCAGCAUCCGCUCGGCUUUCUCGAGAAGGCUUGCGAGCGUUCCCCGUCAUUUCGGUCAGCCUUCUUGGCGGCAAUGCAAGCAUCUGGCGGGGAGAUUGGUAUCCUUAUCUACUCGGACGAGAUCGUCCCUGGCAAUGUAUUGUCAGACCGCAACCUUCGCAAGAGCCAGGCCAUCUACUGGUCGCUUCAGCAGUUCAAGUUCCCAGCACUUUGCAACGAGCUAUGCUGGAUGACAGCGUGCACCAUGAGGUCUCCAGAAGUCGACAAGAUUGACGGUGGCAUCAGCUCAGUCAUGAAACACGUGCUUCGCAUGUUCAUGGGGCGCCCGCAUGCCGCCGACCUUCGGGACGGCGUGACCCUGAGGAUCGGGCCCGAGCGAUUGCUCGUCCAUGGGUCACUGGCCAACAUGAUCCAGGACGAGCGGGCCCACAAGUUCGUGAUCGAGUGUAAGGGCGCCACGGGGUUGAAGAUAUGUUGCAGAUGUUCUAACGUGAUGUUGCCGACGUCGGAUUAUUUGCCUGACCCCACGGGUUUUCUAGUGUCUGGGCAUUGCAUUGACGUGAGCCAGUUCCAGCAGCACACCGACCAGUCCAUCAGGGAUAUUCAAGCUUUGUUGAAAAGGAAGGCGGAGACUUCUACAGCUGCUGACUUGGCUGAGACCGAGACCUUGCUUGGGUUCGCAUACAGCCCAGAGUCGAUGUUGCAAGAUAUGCACCUCGACAUCCCCCUGAUGUCGAUCAUGUCGUGGGAUUGGAUGCAUUGCUACUUGGUGGGCGGCUUGUUCAUCCGUGAAUGCGCUGAACUGCUCGCUCGGCUCCAACCUCUCGGUUAUGGGAUCAGGCGCCUUCACGAGUACUUGCAGCAUUGGGAGUGGCCCAAGGGCUACGGCGAUGCCAAACUGACUUGUUCAAAGGCAUCGCUCACGGGCAACGCCUCGCACAUGCUGUCCCUGGCGCCUGUCCUGGCCAAGUACGUUAGGGAUGUUGUGCCUCGUGGGUCUCUGCCAGCAGAGACGCAAAGUUGCAUGGUGGCGUGCAGGGUGCUCGGGCUGUUGCAAAUUGUGAACAGCGGCCAUGUGUCCGCGACUGAUCUGGGCGAGGCGAUCGCGGAGCACGCGCGGCUACACCGCGCGGCGUACGGGGUCGAGCUAUGGAAGCCAAAGGACCACUGGAUCCUUCAUUUGCCAGGUCAGCUCCUCAGGGAUGGCAUGUUGCUGAGCACUUUUUUGAUGGAGCGCAAGCACCGCUCCAUCAAGCGAUGCAUGCAGGCUCGCUCCAACACCACCAACUUCGACAAAGGCACCAUGCUUGAAUUGACCGCCCAGCACUUGUGGGAACUCGGAACUCACGAGAUUUUCGGCGUGGACUUGCUCGGCCCGAAGAAGGCCAGCAAGAAGAUCGAUGCAGCUCUACGCGCAGAGCUAGUGUUGCCAGCGGACUGCCCGAUCUUUUCGUCUAGGGCUGUUCAGGUCCACUCGAGGGCCGUCUACAUGUCUGACGUUGUCGCAUACGACUGCGGCGACGGCAUAUGCUUCGGUAAAGUGUAUUUUCACUGCAAGAUCGGUGAUGACCUCAUCAGCUGUAUCUCUCCGUGGGGUUUGGUAGAGAUGGCUGACGAGGUCGCGCGCUGUGUUGUUCGGGACGAGCCGAUCCUGAUGCCUACACAGCACAUCAUCGAGUCUUGUGUGCACUUCCCUGCGGGCGCGGGGUGCGUGUCGCAG